UCAUGAUUGUGCAUCUUGGGCCACUUUUUCACAAGAAUGAUUGCAAAGCAUCUAAUCCCAUUCAAGGAGUGAAUACUGAAUACAAGUGAAUCAUAAUUGUUUGUCCACAUAAAUCUACCACCACCACAUGAACAUGGUACGCCGCCAUCGCCACCACCAUUUCCUGGUGGUGCCUUACCCUGUACAGGGUCACAUAAACCCUGCUCUCCAAUUCUCAAAGCGCUUACUCUCUUUCGGCGCAAAUGUCACUUUCUUAACAACCCUCUACAUGCACCGCCGCAUGUCAAGCACCAACUCCUCCACCUUCGGCCUCUCCAUUCUUCCCUUCUCCGACGGCCACGACGCCGGCUUCACUGCCUCCGCCAGCUCCGAAUACUCCCUCUACUUCUCGGAACUCAGGCGCCGCGGCACCGACUUCGUAACCGAUCUCAUUCUCUCAAACGCCCAACAAGGUCAUCCUUUCACAUGCGUAGUCUACACACUCCUACAAACAUGGGCCGCAGAGGUGGCGCGUGGGUUCCACCUCCCCACGGCGCUUCUCUGGAUUCAACCAGCCACAGUGUUCGACAUCUUCUACCAUUACUUUCACGGGUACGGCGGUUACAUCGACGGCAAAACCAGUGAUCCUUCGAGUUACAACGAAGCCAUCAUAGAACUACCAGGGUUGGCACCGUCGCUAGUGCUAGCACCCCGUGACAUGCCGGCGUUUUUAUUGCCGUUGAGUUCCAAAUUUACCCCCGUGAUGUUUACGUUGUUUGAAGAACAGUUUCGCUACCUUGACAUGGAAACGAAACCAGCAAUGGUUCUUCUCAACACCUUUGAAGAAUUGGAGGCAAAGGCUUUGAGGGCCGUUGAUGAUAAGUUGAAUUUGAACAUGAUGCCAAUUGGACCGUUGAUUUCUUCAGCUUAUUUGGACGGCAGAGAUCUCAAUGACGCUUCAUUUGGCGGUGAUGUGUUUCAUUCCUCCGAUGAUGACCACUACAUUGAAUGGUUGGAGUCAAAGGCAGAGAUGUCAGUGGUUUACGUGUCGUUUGGGAGCGUCUGUGUUGUGCCCAAGAAGCAGAUGGAGGAAAUUGCACGUGCGCUAUUAGAUUGUGGGGGUCCGUUCUUGUGGGUGAUUAGAGAAAAGGGUAAAGUUGAAGGAAGAGAAGAAGAGGAAGAGGAAGAGUUGAGUUGCAUGGAGGAGGUGAAAAUGAAGGGGAAGAUAGUGAAGUGGUGUUCACAGGUUGAAGUUUUGUCGCAUCGAUCGUUGGGUUGUUUUGUGACACACUGUGGUUGGAAUUCCGUGAUGGAAAGCUUGGUUUCAGGGGUACCAAUGGUGGCGUUUCCACAGGGCGUAGAGCAGAGGACGAAUGCGAAGCUAAUAGAAGAUGUGUGGAAGACGGGGGUGAGAGUGGAUCAUAGUGUGAAUGAGGAAGGAAUGGUGGAAGCUGAUGAAAUUGGGAGGUGUUUGGAUAUUGUGAUGGGGAAUGGAGAGAAAGGAAAUGAACUGAGAAAGAACGCAGAGAAAUGGAAGUUUUUGGGUAGAGAAGCUGUUAAGGAAGGUGGCUCUUCCAACAAGAAUCUGAGGAAUUUUCUUGAUGAUGUCGGAGAAGAAUGUCUUCUGAAUGAGGGUGUUUUUUUUAUAAAAUAAAAAAUUAUUCUAUCAACAAAUAUUUAAUUAUGAGAAAGGAUAGGAAACUAAUAGAAUAUUUAUACAAUGUGUACGAUAGA